ACUUCGGACAGAGUUUCCUUUCGUUAAGCUGUCAGUAUAGUUCUGUUCUGUCCUGUUCUGUCAGACCCCAUAGCUACGACUGGAAACUCCCACAAGCUGGCGUGUCUGUACAAGUACUGCGACAUCCUGCAGGAGGAACGAAGGUUAUAUCCGCGCUGGUGGUGCGGCGGCCUGGCCGGGGCUACCACGCAGCUGUUCACGGCACCCUUCGACCUGCUGGAGACGCGCAUGAUGAUCAUCAAGCAGGACAGAACUCUGGCGCAGACUUUCCGUUUGGCCAUCAAAGAACAUGGUGUCUUCUCGUUAUACGAUGGCCUGAGCGCCCAGCUGCUGCGCCAGAUGACCUACGUGGCGCUUCGAUUUCAUCUCUAUGAGACCGGCAAGAGGUACGUGGAUGAGUACAACUUCCUGCACAAGGUGGGUGUGGCCAGCGUGGCUGGCGUAGUGGCGGGUUGUGUGGGCAUACCCUCGGAGCUGGUGAACAUCAGAAUGCACGUGGACCGGGCACUACCCGAGCGAAAGCGGCGCAAUUACCGGAAUGUCUUCCAUGGCCUGUACACAGUGGCCCGCAAUGAAGGUUGGACAUCGCUCUACCACGGCGGAAGUUAUUCAUGCGCGCGGGCAGCUCUCAUCACCAUUGGCCAGAAUGCGGUCUACGAUCAGGCUAAAAUGAAUUACAUGCACUACUUCGAGCUGACGCACGACAGCAAGGUGCUGCAUGUGAUCAGCUCCGUGUCGGCGGCCCUGCUCUGUGGUCCCCUGGUCCAGCCCAUUGAGAUCUUGAAAACGCUUCGCAUGACCACCAGAGCCCCGGGCGGGAGGGCAAACAAGUUCUUUGCCUACAUGAUGCGCUUUGGGCCGCGAGGACUCUUUCGCGGCACUGUACCCAGUCUGAUGCGAAUGGUGCCGAAUACGACCCUUACAUUUGUGCUAUUCGAACAGUUUCGCUUGUAUUUCGGCUAUUACGAUGAUGUACCCCAGGAGACUUAAUAAA